CUAAGAAAGUACAGUAGUUUAGACACAACAAGCUUGUUUCUGGGGCUCUGUAAUGCUGAACCGGCGCAGCCGCUCACGGUGUACUGAACUUUCUGGAAUAAUGCAGAGACAAUUCAGCGUGUUAUUUCAGCAGCUUUAAAAAAAACUGAAAGUUUAGUUUUGUAAAGCUAGUUAGCUUAAGCUAGUACGUUUCACAGUCGGCGGAACACGCGGGGAACUGGACGUCUCCCUCCCUGUUUACUUUUCCUCCGGUCUGUUUUUGUGCUAGCGACACAGAUACUCGAGAAGCACAGACAGAGAGCUAAGCCAGUUUUUGUGUGUGACCUAGUGGGUAUUCACCGAAGAUGAGUAACAAUUCCGAGCGCUCAGUGCACCCCUCAAAAAUGUAUUUGGUGAGGUCUGACUACCAAGCUACGGACCAUCUGGAGGGCACCAUUCUCAUACCGCAGGGGUAUCUGUGUCAAGCUCAGGAACAAGUGUAUGAGAUGUGUCCGUCCGGUGCUGGAGGGCAGAGGCGCAAUCGAGUGGAGCAGUUAUGGGUCAAGGUACUGGACUCUGGCGAUGUGCUGAAAGUGGACCGUGAUGUGCUGACAGAGAUCAGAGAAGAUUUUGCUUACCUGCUGGAACCAGUUUCGGACCUGCAUGAGAGGAUUAUGUUGAUUCAAUGCCCCAAGAAGCUGGCUUUGCUGGGCUCGCUUGAGCCUGGUGCUAAGUUGCGAGUCCAAAUACACUCAUCAGGCAGCAAAGCCCCUGGUGUUCUGCGAUAUCGAGGCCCGUUGGGCAGUGGAAGCAGUGGAAUACAUUUUGGUGUUCAAUUGCAGGGUUCCGCAGCUGGCAAGGGCUUCACAAAUGGAACUUAUAAAGGUCACCAGUUUUUCCAAUGUCCCGAGAACUGUGGGGUGUUUGUAGCUGUGAAUCGCAUUGAACUGGCCAUGUCAGAAGAUCGAAGUCGGCAAAGUAUUGAAAUCCUGUCCCGUACAGCCGACAGCACGAGUCCUUUGUUUGAAAUUGGCCAGCGGGUUUACUUUCAGAUGGAAGACUCUAUACAGUAUGGGGAGGUGGUGUUCUGUGGCAUACUUCCAAACAAGCUGGAUCAUGGAGUCUUUGUUGGGAUUCAUUUGGAAAACCGAGUGGGGUCCUGGGAUGGCUUCUUUAAAGGGGCCCAGCUGUGUAAAUUUCCCUCUCCAGAAUAUGGAAUAUUACUGCCAAUCAGUAAGGUGCACAAAGUCCCUGUUGUGUCAGUGCAGAUUAGCAGUGGCUCCAGCUUUUUGUCUCGAGGUGCCAGUGACCGGAAGCAGCAAUCACGCUCCCUGAAAAGCCGACAGACAGAUGUUAGCCAGGACCCAGAAUCUACAAACGUCAGGAGACAACUUACAAAAAAGGAGCAACGAUCUUGCAGUGAUGCUGGGGAGCGGCCAGGAAGAAGUUAUUUCAACUCUUUGGAAGAGCAAGCUGGCCUGGCUCGAACUUUGUCAACUCGCCUCCCUCACUCAGAUUCUUCUUCUUCAGUGGAUGAAAAAAUGCCGAGCCUGUCCUCCUAUUGGAGCACCCAGUCAAAGCCACCUGGAGGAGAAGAAAGUCCAUCGUCUCCACAAUCAAAACACAGUGCAGAAUUUCUGAAAAACCACAAUGAAGAAGAGGCAAAACUUGAAGUGAACUCAAUGGUGGAAGUGAAGGAUCCACCCAUAUAUGGAGUGAUUCGUUGGAUAGGAGAAAUCAAAGGCAUGACUGACACAGUGGCUGGGCUGGAGCUUGAAGAGGUCAUAGCAGCUGGCACAGACGGAACUUAUCUUGGAGAACGAUUCUUUAAAUGCGCCCCCAAUAAGGGUCUUUUUGUGAAGUUGAAAAACUGCCGCCCAGACCCUCGGUUUCCUGCUCAUCAAGUUCGUGCAAAUCAGGUUGAUCGUUGCAACUCCAUAGCAUUUGCUGAGUGGGCCAGCGAAAAAGUAGAAGAGGACACCCCUCCUGAGCUGGGUGAGCAAGCAAAAGAAAGGUUCACUGGCUGGAAGAAAGGCAUUCAGGGCAACUUUAAUUCAUGCUACCUCGAUGCCACAUUGUUUUGUCUCUUCUCAUUUAGUUCAGUCCUGGACACUGUUCUCUUGCGUCCCAAAGGAAAGAAUGACAGUAAUAUGUAUGGGGAGACCCAAGAACUGCUGAGGAGUGAAAUUGUUAACCCACUGCGAAAACAUGGGUAUGUCUGUGCUACAAAAAUCAUGACCUUGCGGAAGAUCCUGGAGGCUGCCGGAAAGAGCUCUGGAUUCACAAGUGAAGAAAAAGAUCCUGAGGAGUUCCUCAAUAAGCUAUUCCAGGUUCUCAAAGUUGAGCCAUUGCUAAGAAUUAGGUCGGGGAAUCAGAAACCCCAGGACUGCUAUUUUUACCAACUGUUUCCUGAAAGACAGACUGGAGUUCAAAUCCCCAGCGUCCAGCAGCUCCUGGAGUGGUCCUUUGUCCAUUCCAGACUGAAGUUCAGCGAGGCCCCAUCAUGUUUAAUCAUACAGAUGCCGCGGUUUGGAAAGGAUUUCAAAAUGUUCAAUGCCAUCCUGCCUUCCAGUCACCUGGACAUCACUGACCUGCUGGAUGACACACCACGAGAGUGUAGUAUUUGCCAGAGGCUGGCAGUGGUGGAGUGCAGCAAAUGCUAUGAAGAGCAAGAUAUCAACCCUGGAAAGAUCAAGCAGUUUUGCACCACCUGCAGCCAACAGGUUCACAGGCAUAGACAGCGGCAUUGUCACAGGCCAGAGUCUCUACAGAUUCCAGAGGGACUGCUGCCUGAAGAAGAGAUGGAGCUGCGGCUCUUUCCACGGCAGACCUUAGACCUUUAUGCUGUGCUGUGCAUCGAGACCAGUCACUAUGUCAGUUUUGUCAAGCACGGACCUGAGGACACAGAUUGGCUGUUCUUUGACAGUAUGGCAGAUCGUGAAGGUGGCCAGAAUGGCUUCAAUAUCCCAUGUGUGUCUCCCUGUCCGGAGGUGGCACCCUACUUGCAGAUGUCCGCAGCAGAACUUCAAGAACUCGACCAUAAGAGCAUCCAGGGGAGUGCCAGGCGCCUGCUGUGCGAUGCCUACAUGUGCUUCUACCAGAGUCCAAGUUUAAGCCUGUAUAAAUGAGCCUGGGACAGCGCCGGCCGCGAGGAAACGCAAAGCCAAGAUACAAGACUCACCUUCUAAAAAGCCAAGGCUUACAAUCUCCCUGGUAACUGCAUCCCAGAAUUGCUCAAUAUUGACUUUGCCAUUGUAAUCUGAAGAUGGGGCUUUUAUUUCACACACUAUGGAAUAGAAGGAAAAAUUAAUAAAAUAAAAAAAAAAAUCACAAAUUUUACAAUCAAGGUACAAAACAUGAGUGCUCUGGGUCAUCUGGAACUCUCUGGUUAACCUUUGAGCUCCCUGAAAGCUUGAAAAUCAAAAUUGUGCAACCCCUGAAAACAUUUUUGAAAAGUGUAUUAAUGGUGUUCCAAUUACUCAGUGCAUACUAGUGAAUUUACAAGAAGGUGUUGUAGCAGUCCACUCUUCAGAGUAAGCAUCAAGUGCUCCUCACUGCAGAACUGAAAAUGCAAGGGGUGAAGUUGUAC